AUGCGGAUCAUCCAUUUCAGCAACAAGUUUCCUCCAGAUGAUCUCGCGGAUCUGUUCCGACGCUUGCGUUUGCAUUCAAAGUGCCCAAACCAUGUGAUCUUGGCGCGAGUGCUAGAGGAGGUAACAGACGUCGUGCGAGAGGAAAUCACUGAGCUUCCUGCCGAAUUGAGAAGUCUGUUGCCCCCGUUCCAAUCCAUCCUCGAUCUUGCGGAGAGCUUCAAUUGGCAUCAGGGGCCCCUGUCAGGAACAUUCGAGUGUGUCUUUUUAGUUCUUAUGCCGGUAUGCCUCUUUGUCGGUCGGCCAGAUGAGUUCGUUUUCCGCCGAGAUACAUCAUUAUUUACUGGGCUUGGGCUGGGAUUCUUGGCCGCCACCGCGAUCGUAGCGUCUCCCUCUUUAUGUAGCGUGCCAGUCACGGUGGCGGAGGUGGUGCGCAUGGCAAUGAGGACUGGUCUUCUGAUAUAUCAGAGAUCUCAGGACCUUGAGCCGCAAAGCCUUGAUGGGGCUCUUGAGAGUUGGACAAGCAUUGUGAAAGGUAUGGGUGAGGUAGCUGUACGAGAAGGCAUCGACGAGUACAACUCAUCCACAGAUACUCCACAACCCAGUUCAAUCUACAUCAGUGUAGUUGAGCCUGACGGUAGUGUCUUCAUAAACGGUCCACCGUCAAGGCUACGGAAAUUCUUUAGCACUUCAGGAAAGGUGCAAUCAGCAGCCCAUGCUCCGUUGCCUGUAUAUGGUGGGCCCUGCCAUGCACCACACCUAUACGACCACAGCCACAGUUCGUGGGCUGUAAAGAAAUGCCGUGCGAAGGUUUUAUCUCGUGAUCUCUCCCAUGCCGCCUAUCUUCUUUCCAUGGCUGAUGGCAACCCCUUGAAAGCGGAUACGGUAUUAGAGCUAUUUGAAUCCGCCACGUAUAUUCUGUUAACAAGCAUCAUUCGCUGGGGUGAUGUGGUCAAUGCCAUCACAGCGUCGUCGCCAUUAUUGGAGAAGGACAUGAAACUGCAAGUUGAGAUACUCAGACCUUCUCCUGUCGUGGAUGGCUUAGUGUCUGCAAUCCAGAAGAGUCACCCUGGUUGUUCCGCCUAUGUUGUAGAUCUUGGAGAGUGGAUAUUCGACGAUACUCACAUUAGUCCACACGGUGCCCACGAAAAGAUUGCAGUGAUUGGCAUGUCUUGCAGGUUGCCCGGAGGGGCUGACGACUUAGAGCUGCUUUGGGAGCUGCUUAGGGAAGGGCGCGAUGUUCAUCGAAAGGUCCCAGCAGACCGAUACGAUGUUGAUAGCCAUACAGACAUUACAGGCAAGCAGCGCAAUACCAGCCAUACUCCGUUUGGUUGCUUUGUGGACCAGCCAGGACUCUUCGACGCCGGCUUCUUCGACAUGUCUCCUCGUGAAGCAGGACAAACCGAUCCCACUCAUCGCCUUGCACUUCUUACGGCCUAUGAAGCUCUUGAGCAGUCAGGCUAUGUCCCUGAUCGCACUCGAUCUACCAGACGGGAACGAGUGGGUACGAUUUAUGGCCAGUGCUCUGAUGACUAUCGUGAGUGCAACGCCGGACAGGAUAUCGACAUGUAUUUUAUUCCCGGGAACUAUCGUGCCUUUGCGCCAGGGAGAAUCAGUUACUUCUUUAAAUUCUCAGGACCCAGCUUCAAUAUUGACACCGCAUGCUCAGCGAGCUUAGCUGCCGUUCAAAUUGCCUGCUCGGUACUCUGGCGUGGCGAGGCAGAUAUGGUAGUCGCAGGAGGAUUGAAUAUCCUCACGGGGUCAGACAGCUUUGCGGGUCUCAGCAAAGGUUUCUUUCUGUCUAAAACCGGGAAUUGCCAGGUCUUCGACGAUGCUGCAGAUGGCUAUUGUCGAGGAGAUGGAAUAGGUUCUAUCAUACUCAAGCGAUUGUCCGAUGCUCAGCAAGAUAACGAUAAUAUUCUGGGAUUGAUCUUAGGUAGCGCAACCAACCAUUCCUCCAACGCGAUUUCGAUAACCCAUCCACAUGCUCCUACCCAGGCUAACCUUUACCGCUCGACUUUGAUGCAGGCUGGGGUUCGUCCACAAGACGUAGACCUAGUCGAGAUGCACGGCACAGGCACGCAGGCGGGCGACGCCGCCGAGAUCGAGUCAGUUACAAAGGUGUUCAGUCCAGCUGUGCCUCGCCGGUCACAGCCAUUGCGCAUUUCAUCAGUCAAAGCCAAUGUAGGCCAUGGAGAGGCGGCUGCCGGCAUUACAGCGCUGAUCAAGGCGCUCUUGAUUUUCAAGCACAACGAGAUUCCACCCCAAGUAUGCCUCAGAACCACCUUGAAUUCUAAGUUUCCAGAUCUUCGACAACUCAAUGUACAUAUCCCCAAAAAGAUCAUUCCUUGGCCGCGUUUACCCGGUCGCAAAAGGUAUAUUAUGGUCAACAAUUUCAGCGCAGCUGGGGGAAAUACCAGUCUUCUCCUGGAAGAGCCCCCGGCUAGGCCAGACCCUAAAAGGAUGUCCUCAAACGAGAUUCGUCGUUACUGUGUCAGCAAAGAGCACAAUCUUGCAAGCCUUGCGUACACCACCACUGCGCGUCGUAUGCAUCACAAGUAUCGCAUAGUGGUGCAUGGGGCCUCGAUCCAGGAGAUAGUUAAAUCACUUGAACAACAUAUAUCUAUCGCCGAGACUCAAUGUGCAAUCCAGAAAGCUCCAACUAUCGGCUUUGUCUUCUCGGGCCAAGGUAGCUUUUACCAAGGUGUUGGGCGCCAACUGUUCCAAGAAUACCCGCCCUACAGGAACGAAAUCCAGCGUUUAGACGAGAUAUGCACGUUCCACGGUUUUGACUCCAUCCUCCCAGCAAUCACAAGUAGAAGCUCAGAUAUACUAGAGAUCAGUCCGUUCAUGGCACAGCUAAUGACAGUAUGUGUGCAGAUCGCCCUGUGCCGCUUAUGGAGAAGCCUCGGAGUGAUACCGAAUGUUGUAGUAGGAGCGAGCCUUGGCGAAUACGCUGCACUCUACGCUGCUGGGACCUUAUCAGCCAGUGAUGUUAUCUAUCUCGUUGGCCAACGAGCCCGGUUGAUGCAGGAGUUGUGUACUAUCAACAGUCACUCGAUGCUGGCUGUCAAGGCGACCAUCGGUGAAAUUCGUCACACAGUGCGGAACAAUGCGUAUGAAUUCGCAUGUAUCAAUGGGCCUCGCGAUGUGACCCUCGCCGCAUCCGUUGAAGACAUCAAUGACAUCCAACAGACUCUGGUAUCGCAGGGAUACCGAGUUGCGAAGUUGAAUGUGCCCUUCGCAUUCCAUUCUUCUCAAAUUGAGCCCAUCUUGGAACCGUAUAAUAAGAUUGCCCAUUCGGUCAUCUUCCGGAAUCUCAAAACAGCACUCAUAUCUCCUCUUUUGAGUGACGUUGUAUUCGACAACAAAUCAUUCCCACCUUCAUAUCUACGUGAUAGCACGAGGGGUACUGUACAAUUUUCCGAUGCAAUGACAAAAGCUCAAGAGAUAGGGCUAGUGGAUUCCAAGACUGUCUGGGUUGAGAUCGGAGUGCAUCAGACUUACACCGGUGCCAUGCGCGCAAACAUCCCGAAUCUUGAGGUUGUGGCACCCAGCUUAAGAUCUGAUGAAAGCAAUUGGCAUACGUUAGCUGCCAGUAUGUCAGCCUUGCACAGCGCGGGCGUUCACCUUGACUGGAACACUUGGUAUAAGCCAUUUGAAUCACAGCUGCGCCUGCUAAAUCUGCCUCCGUACCAAUGGAACCUGAAGAACCAUUGGAUUCAGCAUAAUGGAGAUUGGCUAUUGCUGAAAGAUAAACGGUCUAGGACUAGAUAUGAGAGGUCUCCUGGUCCUGCUCCGCCGCCUUUGCGUACCGCCCUCGUGCAUCACAUUCUGGAAGAAUCAUUCGGGAAAGAUGGUGGGACCGUCGUCAUCCAGUCAAAUGUGACUGACGAUGAAUUUCAUGCUGUCGCUUCUGGACACAAAAUGAGUGGUCGACCACUCGUCUCGGUGUUCGCUUACACCGACAUCGCUCUUAUCAUGGCUAGGUAUAUGUACUCCAGGCUAAAAUCAGGAACAGAGCUCUCGGCGAUGGAUUUUGGUAAAGUACGGGUCUUCCAAGGCCUAAUCCCCCGGAAGGAUAGGUCUAAGCCCCAGUACGUGCGAAUGCGCAUGCAAGCAGACCCUAUGUGCUCUUCGAUGCCGCUCUCACUGCAUCGAGUGCUCGACGAUGAGAUGAAUGAGGAGGAACUAGCCAUUGGCGUCGUAACAUGUGGAGAUUCCCACUCAUGGCGAGACGAAUGGGCUGCGUAUUCCUACCUACUGACAAGCCGUAUUGAAGCGCUGCAUCAGUUAGCAGACCAAGGGCUAGCAAGCCGCGUGUCAAAGGACUUGGUGUACACCCUCUUCAAAAACGUUGUCGAUUACGCCGAGCAUUACCGUGGUAUCCAAUCGGCUGUCAUGUACGGCCUGGAAGCAGUUGCAGAUGUCAUCCUGUCACCUAGUCAAGAUAGCCGGUGGACGGCACCUCCUCAUCACAUUGACCCCAUUACCCAUGUCGGAGGACUUAUUUUGAACGCUGGACCAGCCAUGGACCACACCAACACGAUUUAUGUCAUGGAGGGUUGGGAAUCCAUGCGGUUCUCUGACUCACUGAUGGCCGGAGAACUGUAUCGAUCAUACGUCAAGAUGAAUCCCGCCAACGACAAUUCGGGGUUCUUUUCCGGCGACAUAUACAUAUUGCAUGGAAACCGUGUGAUCGGAAGGGUCCGCGAGAUGACGCUUCGCCCAUUACCUCGCAUUCUCAUGAGUCGGUUCUUUGACCCCCCGGACAGCCAGUAUGGGCAAAUGGCUCAACAAGAACCUUCAACUGCACUUCCUUCAACACCACAGCACACGAGUUCAGCCAAAACUACAGAGUCCACUCAGUCACAGCAAGAUGAGUCAGACAACACGUCGCUAGCUACCCCUGAGAACGAGAACAAAGCCCCAAUCUCGGGAUCCUGGCCCAACGCCAACAGCCAGCUUGUCCGCGACGCUAUAGCUCUAAUCGCAUCCGAGACCGGGGUAGAGCCGGACGCUCUGACAGAUGAAACUGAAUUUUCUGCAGUUGGGGUUGAUUCUCUUCUUUCGCUGGUGCUUGUGGAGAAGUUUGCUCUUGAGCUAAACAUUGAUUUGCAAGGCUCUUUUUUCCUGGAAACUCCGAACGUUUGUGAUUUGAAGGCGUAUCUCGAGGGUAACCAGAUGACUUUGCGCUGA